CGCCUAAUGCGGACGCUUUCUUACACUUCCGGUGACCGGAUGUGUCGCAGUUAAAUCGCGACAGUUCCUUUUUCGAAGAGAAACUAAAUUAAAGUAGACUUGACCGAGUAACAAUGAACUCCAGAGGCCUCCGCUCUCAGCUGAAGGACAGUGUACCUGUGGCAGGUUUUUGUCCUCAGUCACAGUUUGGAGUCCAGGAUUCUCUAAGGGGCGGCUUUAGCAGUGUGAAAAAUGAGCUCCUUCCGAGCCACCCACUGGAACUGUCGGAGAAAAAUUUCCGGCUCAACCAGGACAAGAUGAAUUUCUCCACACUCAGGAAUAUCCAGGGUCUUCAUGCCCCACUUAAACUGCAGAUGGAGUACCAGGCAGCCCGACAGAUCCAGCGUUUGCCUUUCUUACAAAGUUCAAACCUGGCCCUUGACACGCUGCGAGGCAGCGACGAUACCAUUGGCUUUGAAGACAUCCUCAACGAUCCAGCACAAAGUGAAAUGAUGGGAGAGCCUCAUAUGAUGGUAGAAUACAAGAUGGGAAUGUUGUGAUUAAAUAGUGCUUCAGAUUCUCAACAUUAUUUGUGAAUUUUUUUUUUUUAUUAUUUCUUCCUGAAAUUUAGUCAGUAAGUCAGAUUCUGUGGAGUUUUCAUCCUGUGUCAGCUCGUAAAGUACCAGACGUAGAUGUGGGUGGUUCAUAUUUACUAGAAUCAAAAUUUGGGCUGUAUUUCUAAUAAACAUUUCAACCUA